GCCGGGCGCAGGCGCGGUACCGCUCCUGCCCGGGCGGCGGGAGGUUGGAGCGAGCGCGGGCAGCGGGAGCUGAUCCUGCCGGGCCGGGCCGGGCCGGGCCGGGCCCGCCGGGAUUCUCCUCGCUUCGUCCGCGCCCCGGGGCCUCGUGGUCCCCGAGGGGCCUCCCCUCGCUCUGCAGCCGCUGCGGGUCUGUGCUGUGGCACCUUUUCUGGGGUGCCUCAGGACCCCCCGGGGUGCAUCCUCUCAGAACGGGCUCCUCGGGCCUGUGUCUUUGUCGCUGGGUUGCCCAGCCUUCGUCCCGCUUCUCUGGGGGUGGAAAGCUGGCUGGGGAAAAGUUUUAUUGAGUGUUAGUAGAGCCUUAAGUUGAGAAAGUGAAAGGAGUGCGUUCUGUUGUAUAACGUACUUAUAAGCAGGAAAACUGAGGACGUAGCUUCAUAGACUUGGUCAGAGUGAAAAAUCAAAGACUGCUAUCCAUCUCGAGAUGGAAGAACCAGUGCUAGAUAAAUUGCCAUCUCUGUGUGAUACUCCAAAGGAUUCUGGAGCAGCACCUCCACGGGGGACUAGUUCAGGGAAACAGCAAAUGAGUGCAGCUCUGAGGGAGCGAUUACGGAAAACAAGACGUUCCUUUAAUGCCAAUUUUACAGCGGCAAAGCGGCUCAAAAUAGACACUGAAGAAAAAGACUGUGCUGAGGCUGACACAGGGUGCCUGCCAGUGACAAGUACAGAUUGUUCCAGAUUACAGGAUGGUCCUGAAGACCUUGAAAGAAACAGCACUGCACAUGCAUGUUUCAGAAGUCCCUCAAGAGAGAGUGAUCCCAGUGGAUCAGCAGAGAAUUCAGAUGUGCCACCAGUUGAUCUCAGUCAGCAACAGUCCCUGGAAGAAAAAGUUAGGCUGGUGAAACAAGUGCAAGAGAAGGAAGAAUUACUUCGUAGGCUCAAACUGGUGAAGAUGUAUCGAUCCAAGAACAACCUGUGUGAACUGCAGGCUUUGAUAGUGAAAUGGAGAAGCAGCACCCAGCUGAUGCUGUAUGAACUGCAGUCGGCCUUUUCUGCAGAUGGCAAGAAAGUGAGUCUCACUCAGCUGAUCGAUACUUUUGGAUUAGAAGACCAGUUAUUGCACUACAGCAGAACAGAAGAAGAUUUUGUAGAUGCAUAAUCUACAAUUGCAAAGCUUUCAUUAGACACAAAAGCAGAAAAGACCAAGUGAAUUCUGAUCAUGUCAGAAGUGUUGAUCAGGCAGUGGACUUGAUGCUUUGGGGUUAGGAGGUUUUCUCCAGAGAAACUUGUAAAGCUUUGUACUUAUAUACAGUAGGCACUGUAAAAGGCAUUACUUAUUGGAAAAGAUCAAACUUUUAGUGUUUUGGAGAACCUGGCUUAAUGACUUGGUCAGUUAAUUUUUAUUUAAUAAAAAUAAAAUGAGAUUGUACUUUAA